UUAGGAAGUGGUUACACUUGGCCAAUUCCUGGAGUGACAGUAGAGUCGAGUCACUGACCACUCGGCGAUUCGUUACCUGAUGAGCAAGGCUGAUGCAAAGCCUAGACUCAUCCGCUGGAUCCUGCUGCUGCAGGAGUUUGAUAUCGAGAUCCGGGACAAGAAGGGAGCCGAGAAUGUUGCUGCAGAUCAUCUUUCGUGGUUGGAAGCCUCUCCGGUGGACAACUUCGAAGAAGAGAUCGACGACUCCUUCCCGGGUGAGCGAUUGCUGGCGAUGACCCUGGUGGACAGCGUGGCCCCUUGGUAUUCUGACUUUGCCAAUUAUCUGGUGGGCAAGCAGUUACCCAAGGGGAUGGCUACUCAUGCGAAGCGCAAGUUCUUCUCCGAUCUGAAGCACUACUUUUGGGAGGAUCCUUACCUCUUCAGAAUCGGAGCAGAUGGCGUGAUCCGGCGCUGUGUCAUGGAGCAUGAGAUGGGAGACAUCCUGUCCCACUGUCACGAGGGACCCACAAGAGGUGAUCAUGGAGGAAACCGCACGGCGCGGAAGGUGCUACAGUCGGGCUUCUAUUGGCCCUCGCUCUUCAAGGAUGCCGACACCUUCGCACGACAGUGCGACCGCUGCCAAAGGUCAGGUAACAUUUCUGCCCGGGAUGAGAUGCCCCAACAUAUCUCUGUUGUUUGUGAAAUUUUUGAUGUUUGGGGUAUCGAUUUCAUGGGCCCAUUCCCUCCAUCUUUUGGCAAUCUGUACAUUUUGGUUGCAGUGGACUACGUCUCGAGGUGGGCAGAAGCUCAAGCCAUGCCCACCAAUGAUGCAAGACGGGUCUGCUCAUUUCUGAAGCAGCUGUUCUCCCGGUUUGGGACACCUCGCGCCAUUAUUAGUGAUAGAGGAACCCAUUUUCAGGGGCAAUUCACUAAACUCCUCUCUCGCUAUGGCGUUAAGCAUCAGGUGUCGGUGGCCUACCAUCCCCAGUCAAAUGGGCAGGCCGAGCUGACGAACCGGGAAUUAAAACGGAUAAUUGAAAAGACGGUGGAUCAGUCCCGCAAGGAUUGGUCCACCAAGCUCGAUGAUGCUCUCUGGGCGUAUAGGACUGCCUAUAAGAACCCGAUUGGCACUUCUCCCAAUAGGCUUGUCUAUGGGAAGGCGUGUCAUUUGCCGGUAGAGCUAGAGCACAAGGCCUUCUGGGCCAUUAAGCUGCUAAACAUGGAUUUGAGUGUUGCAGGUACAGAACGUAAGUUGCAGCUGCUGGAGUUGGAGGAGUGGCGUUACCACGCCUACGAGAACACCCUGCUCUACAAAGAGCGCAUCAAGCGUCUCCACAACGCUAGGUUGAGGGGCCCGAAGGAGUUUCAGGUAGGUGAUCGUGUUCUGCUCUUCAAUGCACGCCUGAAACUCUUUCCGGGCAAGCUCUGUUCGAGGUGGUCGGGUCCCUUCACGGUGACCCACGUUUUCCCGCACGGUGCGGUGGAGAUCAGCAAUGCUCAAACCGAGCCAUUCAAGGUGAAUGGCCACCUCCUAAAGUUGUACUUGGGAGGUGCUGUCGAGCGCGCAGAGCUGCUGAUCAAGCUCGAGGACCCUUAGUUCCUCUACUGGCGUCCAGCUAAAACACGGUAAAGAAGCGCUUGUGGGGAGGCAACCCCACCACGGUUUGCAUUUCUAUCCUUUUUCCUUUUUAAUUUUUGUCGUUUUCGAGUCAUUGAGUCUGUCUGGAGUCUUUCUGGAAUGUUUCUCGUGCCCCGGAUGGUCUAUUUUGGUCUAUGGUGGUGUAUUUUUUGAACCGGGGCACGUUUGGGUUUGGAUGUUCGAAUUUGCAGCUUAAAAACUGGAGAAAAAGGGCCCUCGGCAGUAAAAUUACGGGCAUGGG